CCUCUUUGUUCCAGGUCCCAGCCACUGUAGAACCGGGCUGCGGAAGUUCGAGGGCGCAGGGUGAGUAGCUACGGCAGCGGCGCCGGAGUUCCCGCAGCGGAGAUCGCGGACGGACGCGGGACUGAGUCUCCCCCGCCCCCCCGACGCCCAACAUGGACCUGGAAACCAAAAUGAAGAAGAUGGGUCUAGGUCAUGAGCAAGGAUUUGGAGCCCCCUGUCUAAAAUGCAAAGAGAACUGUGAAGGAUUUGAACUACACUUCUGGAGGAAAAUAUGUCGUAACUGCAAAUGUGGCCAAGAAGAGCAUGAUGUCCUCCUGAGCAAUGAAGAGGACCGGAAGGUGGGGAGACUCUUUGAAGACACCAAGUACAGUACCCUGAUCGCCAAGCUGAAGUCAGAUGGAAUUCCCAUGUACAAGCGCAACGUUAUGAUUUUGACCAAUCCAGUGGCUGCCAAGAAGAAUAUCUCCAUCAACACUGUGACCUAUGAGUGGGCUCCCCCAGUUCAGAACCAGGCGCUGGCCAGGCAGUACAUGCAGAUGCUGCCUAAGGAGAAGCAGCCAGUGGCAGGUUCAGAGGGGGCGCAGUACCGGAAGAAGCAGCUGGCGAAGCAGCUGCCUGCACAUGACCAGGACCCUGCGAAGUGCCAUGAGUUGUCUCCCAAAGAGGUGAAGGAGAUGGAGCAGUUUGUGAAGAAAUACAAGAGUGAGGCUCUGGGAGUGGGUGACGUGAAGUUUCCCUCUGAGAUGAAUGCUCAGGGUGACAAGAUACACAGCCCCGCUGGAGACAGAAACGCUCCAGCAGCAGUGGGUUCCAAGGACAAGUCUGCAGAAUCCAAGAAGACCCAGUAUUCCUGUUACUGCUGCAAAUACACCAUGGAUGAAGGAGACCCAGCCAUCUACGCUGAGAGGGCUGGCUACGAUAAGCUCUGGCACCCGGCAUGUUUUAUCUGCAGCACCUGUGGUGAACUCCUGGUCGACAUGAUUUACUUCUGGAAGAAUGGGAAGCUGUACUGCGGCAGACAUUACUGUGACAGCGAGAAGCCCCGCUGUGCUGGCUGCGAUGAGCUGAUAUUCAGCAAUGAGUAUACCCAAGCAGAAAACCAGAAUUGGCACCUGAAGCACUUCUGCUGCUUUGACUGCGACCACAUCCUGGCAGGAAAAAUAUACGUGAUGGUCGAUGACAAGCCUGUGUGCAAGUCCUGCUAUGUGAAGAACCAUGCUGUGGUGUGUCAAGGAUGCCACAAUGCCAUCGAUCCGGAAGUACAGCGAGUGACGUACAAUAACUUCAGCUGGCACGCGUCCACAGAGUGUUUCCUGUGCUCCUGCUGCAGCAAGUGUCUUAUCGGGCAGAAGUUCAUGCCUGUAGAAGGGAUGGUUUUCUGUUCUGUGGAGUGUAAGAGGAUGAUGUCCUAAGAGGAGUAUACCAAGCAGAUUGGAGCCAUAGCUGUCCACAGUGGCCUGCAUUUCAUGAUAAACUGCAGUUUGAAAACAAUAAAAGGGGAAAAAAAACCUACAUAACAAAUCAGAA